AUGAUGAAUGUUUCUGCGCUUCUACUUCUCCUCUCGAUUUUCGUUACAACCCUGGUAUUCGCCUCAUUUCUGAAAAAUCUUCAAAUUAAAAUCCGUGUCCAGAACGCGUACGCAAUCAAAAACGUGACGGUGGAUCGGGCGGUCGAUCAGAUGCUUUUGAAGAUUGAAAAUUCGGUGCGGGACCACAAUUCGACCGACUUCCACUCGUUUUUCUCGCCGCAUUUCGAUUCGGAGUGUGCGUGGAAGUUUAUCGAGAUGAAAGAGAGAGUGUGGAAGAGGUGUAGACGGAUGAAUCGCUCCGAGUUUUGAUUUUUUUUCUGGAAAAGAAUAAAAACACCCAUCAUGAUUGAUUGUGUCGCUAUUCGCAUCGAAAGUUUCCAGCGUGGUUCGACCGCUACUACUCGAAUCUCAGCUCACAUCAACUGGCAUCGUUUGUCGUAUGAUUCUUGCCGCCCUUUUCUUCCGUUUCACCAAUGUUUCAGCUCCGACGCUUCGGACACGUGGACGCUCGAGGUGUCGACUUCAAAUUCAAGUUCUCCGAAUCGCACAACGUCAACGAUCACAUGUUGCUGCGCUCGUUCAUCGCGUGGACCUCAAAAACUCCGAAUAAUGAUUUUGCCAUCGAUACUGUUCGAUAUUAUGGAGAGUACUGA